AUGGAGAAGGAGAGGAAGCAGGGUUUCUUUUCGGCGCUCAAGGGGGAGGUCGUGCGGGGCCUCUCGCCAGCGAGGUCCCGGGGGAAGUCGCUGCUGCUUUCGCGCAGCCGCAAGACGGCGGCGGCGGAGGCGGUGGCGGUGGCGGUGGCGGUAGCGCCGCCGGAGGAGCUCGCCCAGUACGCGCCGGACCCGCUCGUCGCCCACUCCGGCAGCCUGCGGCCUGCCGGCGAGGUCCUAGCGCCGCUCAUGGAAGGGCCCGACGUCGCCGAGGACGACACGUUCGCCGAGGAGUCCGGACGGCGAGACGGGUUCGGGCAGUGGGUCCGCGGCCACCUGACCCGUGCCCCGCUGAUGUCCGGCGGCGCCGGCGACGGCUCGUUUCGGCGCUCCGACCUCCGCCUCCUCCUCGGCGUCAUGGGCGCGCCGCUCGCGCCCGUCUCGGUCUCCGCCGCCGAGCCGCUGCCGCAUCUCUCCGUCAAGGGCGCCCCCAUUGAAUCUUCGUCGGCGCAGUACAUCUUGCAGCAGUACAUGGCGGCGUCGGGCGGCGCCAAGGUGCUGCGGUCGGUGUGGAACGCGUACGCGAUGGGGAAGGUGCGGAUGGUGGCGUCGGAGUUCGAGACGGCCACGCGCGUCGUGAAGAACCGGGGCUCCGCCGCCGCCGCCGCCGUGGAGCAAGGCGGGUUCGUGCUCUGGCGGAUGUCCCCGGACAUGUGGUACGUGGAGCUCGCCGUCGGCGGCAGCAAGGUCCGCGCCGGAUGCAACGGCCGCCUCGUGUGGCGCCACACGCCGUGGCUCGGCGCGCACGCCGCCAAGGGCCCCGUGCGCCCGCUCCGCCGCGCCCUCCAGGGCCUGGAUCCGCUGUCGACGGCGGGGCUGUUCGCGGAGGCGCGGUGCGUGGGCGAGAAGAAGGUGGGCGACGAGGACUGCUUCAUCCUGAAAGUGUGCGCGGACGCGGAGACGCUGCGGCAGCGGAGCGAGGGGCCGGCGGAGAUCAUCCGGCACGUGCUGUUCGGCUACUUCAGCCAGCGGACGGGCCUGCUGGUGCACGUGGAGGACUCGCACCUGACCCGCAUCCAGCCGCACGCCGGCGGCGACGCCGUGUACUGGGAGACCACCAUCAGCAGCUUCCUGGAGGACUACCGCGCCGUGGACGACGGCGGCGUGGUGAUCGCGCACGCGGGGCGGUCCGCCGUCACGCUGUUCCGGUUCGGCGAGAUGGCCAUGAGCCACACCAAGACCCGGAUGGAGGAGGCGUGGACCAUCCAGGAGGCCGCCUUCAACGUGCCGGGCCUGUCAACGGACUGCUUCAUCCCGCCCGCUGACAUCCGCCGCGGCGACUCCGUGGGCAGCGAGCCCUGCGGCGGCGUCAAGGCCGGCGCCGUGCACCCCGCGCGCGUCGCCGCCACGGCGGACCGCGUGCACCCGCCGGCGCGACGACAAGAUCCACUGGACGGUGGAGAUGUGACUCUCUUCUACUGCGGGCAACGGGACUGA